CGCCUUUUGUUCACUGUGAGCGGUGGAGACAGGAGGCAGUGGUGUUGUCCUUGCAGUGUGUGUCAGUUCGCCAGAGAGAACACCGUACAGCAUAGCUAGUUACAUUUAGCAGAUCCACAGAAUUGAUAUAUGUAGACUGACGCAUAGGCUACGUUGAGCAGGCACCGGUUCCUUCCUGAAUCAGACAACGGGGACCAACCAUGGACCUAUUCGAGUUUGACUUCUUUAGGGACUGGGAACUGGAGCAACAGUGUCAUUAUGAGCAGGACCGCAAUGCGCUCAAGAAGAGGGAGUGGGAGCGUCGGACUCAGGAGGUGCAGCAGGACGAAGAUCUCUUCUCCUCUGGGUUUAAUCUCUUUGGGGAGCCAUACAAGACAGAAGCUCCCAGUCUAUCCACUUUGGGGGGGACCAACAACCUAAACAAGACAAACAAAGGUGACGCCCUGGCCAACCGGGUGCAGAACACUCUGGGGAACUACGAUGAGAUGAAGGAGCUCCUGACCAGCCACUCCAACCAGAGCCACCUGGUGGGCAUCCCCAAGAACUUUGUUCCCCAGACCCCUGGCCCCAUGGAGAAGCAAGACCAGCCCAGCUUCUUAACCAAGGGAGGCCAGAGGGGGAGCAACAGGGUGGGCACAGGGAACCAUACAACCUCCAUGCCCCCUCCUCCCUCCUCUUCUUCUCUGACCAGCUCCAGCCUGCUGCACGGCCAUCAGAGCUCCAAGAAGUCCUGGUCCUCCGACUGGUCCCGGGGAGCCCACUGCAGCACCCAGGGGGUGGGAGGUCAGGGGGUUGGGGGCCAGGGGGUCCAUGGGGUGGGGGGCCUGGGGGUCCAGGGGGUGGGGGGCCCAUCCUGCAGCAGGGGGAAACACUCCUUCACCCAUGAGCAGCAGCAGCAGCCCCAAAGACACGAGGAGCUGCUCAUCUCACAGGGCGAGGUAGUGGACCACAGGGGAGACUCCAGCAGCAGCCCCUCCUCCUCCUCCACCUCCACUCUCUCCAGGAGGCACGGGGGCGGGCAGCAGCAGGCCCCUAAGGCCCCGUCAUCGGCCGAGCAUGGCAGCUACAAGGACAGCAACACUCAUGUUAAGUCUCCCCUGGAGCAGGAGCCGGGCUCCCACGGGGCCAGUUCCCCAGUGGCCUCUACCUCCCUGCUGCCCAGUGGCCUCUCCACGCCCACCUUCCCGCAGGGUCUGCACGGCAAGCCCAGCGCCGUGCAGCAGCAGAAGCCUACGGCCUAUGUGCGGCCCAUGGACGGCCAGGACCAGAUGCCCCUGGACUCCCCGGAGCUCAAGCCUCCUCUGGAGGUGGUGGACGUGGGCUACAGCAACCCAGCUUUUGGUAGCACCAUCACCAGCUCCAAGAGCAAGCUGCCCAAGCUGACCCUGACACAGACUGGGGAGGUCGGCCUGUCCAGUGACUCCAGCUGUGUGGAGGAGAUUCUACGGGAGAUGACCCACUCCUGGCCUCCUCCCCUGACUGCCAUCCACACUCCAGGCAAGGCUGAGCAAACCCGGUUCCCUAUUCCCUCCAAGGAGUCACAACACAUACCCUCAGGAUGUGCUGGACUAAAGCGGUGCAAUGUUCCCGUUAACAAGCCUGCAACCAAGUCUGUGCCACAGAAGUCAAUGCUUGAGGAUGACCUGAAGAUCAGCAGUGACGAGGAAGAUACUGAACAGCAGGCAGCUGAGAAGCCCAAGCCCAGAAGUACACCUCUCAGCAUCCCUGUGGCCACGUCUCGGACCAGUGACCCGGGCCACUCUAGUGGCGCCUCGGCCAGCUCCAGUGAAUCAGAGAGCAGCUCCGAGUCGGAUUCAGACAGUGAGAGCAGCUCCAGUGACAGCGAGUGUAACGGGGCCUCCCGGACCGCCACCCCAGAGCCUGAACCUCCAUCAACAAACAAAUGGCAGCUGGAUAAGUGGCUGAACAAAGUGACCCCACACAAUAAAGCACUUAUCAGUACCCAGUCAGAGAGAGAGAGCCAUGGGCUCUGCAGCUCCCAGCCUGACCACAGCCAGCAGGCACCUGGGAGCCAGGACCUGGCCCCAGGAAAGAGCAAACCUGGGCCCACCGUCCUGCUGGCCCAGACCGACGCCAAGGAACGGGCCCUCCUCAGCCCCAUCCGAGAGAAGGCCAAGCCCAAGACUGGACCAAAGGUCUCAGAGGGCAAGAGUUCAAAGUCCCCAGCAGCGGUGGUGGUGGAGCCGGCCCCAGCCAGACGCAGCAUUGGAAAGAAGCAGCCAAAGAAAGUGGAGCGCUCAUCCAGCCUGGAAGAACACAGCUCCUGGUCCAAGCCCAUCAACCCCUCCAUCAGCACUACCCCUAAGGAGAAGGAGCCUCCGCCUCUUCUGGAGCCGCCCAAGUCCAGGACCAAGGGCACCAGUGGGAAAGCUGCCCCUAGGAAGGAACCUCGCACCACCACAACCACGACUACUACUCCAGCUCAUCCUCCCCCAGCCCCAGUCCUGGACAAGAAGAAGCACAGGGGGCCCAGCAGGAUCCUCCCCAAGUCCAAGGAGUUCAUCGAGACGGAGUCUUCGUCGUCUGAGUGCCACUCUGAACCAGAGGAUCUGAUCAAGGUCCCUAACCCUCCCUGCCCAGGUCCCAGCAGCCUGCAGACUCUCAAAGCAGCCAAUAUCCUGAGUGUCAGUAGCCUUACCAGCACCUGCAGCACUUCCAUCUCUAUCCCAGACCCUGGUGUGGUUGGGGGCUUACUGGAAGACCCCCUCUUGUCCCCUGUCCCCAUCGUCCAGAACGAACUGUUGUCCCCUCUCAGGGACUUUGAGGACAUCAAGUCACUGUGGGUGAAGAUCGAGCUGAGCUUCCUGUCUAGAAUCCCAGGACAGGACCCCCCUGAGCCCCCUCCUGUGAAGGUUGAGCCCCAGGAACACUGGGAACCCAGCACCAAGCACAGACGCCAGUCCCCCGCCAGUCAACAGUCUACCCCUGUUGAGAAACCCCCUAGCAAGGCCAAGAGGAAACACAAGUCGGACCAUUGUAACGCUGUCGGCGGGAGCAAGAAGUUACGGUUGGAGAAAGACUCCAUGCUUCUUCCCCCGUGCAUCUCACCCAUUCACAACCACAAGAACAUUAGCACAAAAGACUCUCUGAGGAAACAGCCCAGGAAGAGAGAGCUGCUGCCUCCCCUGCUGUCGCCGCUCUCUGACGAGCCUCCCACCCGCCAGCGCAGGACCAGCGAGUGUUCCUCCUUCAGCCAGGAGGGCGGCGCUAGCGGCGCCUUAUUACUACCCACCCUCAGCUGCUCUCUGCCCCCCUUCUCCUCCUCCUCAUCCUCCUCUUCCUCACACAAGCACCACAGCAAAGGAGAGAGCAAAUUCUUCUCACAUUCCAAGACAAGCAGUGAGGAAGAUACCCACAGCAAACCAUCUGGCAGUUUCCAUGGUAACGGUCAGUCUGAUUCCGACCUUUGGUCCAACCCCUCAUCUCUGUCCAUGGACCACAUGGAGCCAAGAAGACCGAAGCUAACGUUCAAUAACAAAGUUCACACUGCAGACUACUACAUGCAGGAAGCCAAGAAACUGAAGCACAAAGCAGAUGCACUGAUGGAGAAGUAUGGCAAAGCUGUUAACUACGCUGAUGGGGCGCUGUCGUUCAUAGAAUGUGGCAACGCCAUGGAACGGGACCCACUGGAGGCCAAGUCUCCAUACACUAUGUACUCUGAGACAGUUGAACUCAUCAGAUAUGCCAUGAGGUUAAAGAACUUUACAAGUCACUCAGCAACAGUAGCCGAGAAGAAAUUAGCUGUAUUGUGCAAUCGCUGUUUAUCCCUCCUGUACUUGAGAAUGUUCAAACUAAAGAAGGACCAUGCAGUAAAGUAUUCCCGUUCUCUGAUGGAGUAUUUCAAGAACUCGGCUAAAAGUUCCCAAGUACCUUCGCCAUGGGGAGCUAAUGGAAAGAACACAGGCACCCCAUCGCCCCUGUCUCUGAGUCUCUCCCCAGUCAGUUGGGGCAGCAGCAGUAUGGGCACUGCGGGCUCCGGGGCCUCCGGCAACGUGGCCAUCCCCCAGCGCAUUCACCAGAUGGCCGCCAGCCACGUCAACAUUACCAACAACAUUCUCCGGAGCUACGAGCACUGGGACACAGCAGAAAAGUUGGCCACAGAGAGCCAAGAGUUCUUUCAGGAGCUGGACUCAAUGAUGGAACCGUUGAGCCAACACAGCAGCAUGAUAGAACUUGUGCACUACAUACGUCAAGGACUGCACUGGCUACGGAUAGAGGCCCACUUGUUAUAGUGCUGGGGGAACUGGAACUAAACUGUCUGCCACUCUGUCUGUCUCACACCUCCAUCACUACCUCUACCAGCCAGCAACGCCAACCAUCCCCCAGUCUCCAGCCAUCUGAUAACACCCCAAUGGACCCCCACCUCACUGCCAGCCAGCAAGUCCCGCCCCAUGUCACCUCUCUGAGGUCAGAGGUCAUCAUUUGCUCUACUACACAGUCUGUCUCUCUGCUCCCUCUGUACAAGGUUGACAUGUCAAAUGGAUGUGGGGGGGGGGAAAGUGAAGUCCCACUAUCCAAGCCCCAAAGCGAAUGAGAGGGAAGUCCCACCUAAGACCUGUGGAGUGUCUCCAAAGCGUGCCACUAGAGGAGAAGGAUCUGUGCUGUUUUGCUGGUUUUCUGCCCGACAGAGCCCUGUGAUUUCCCUGUUGUUUAUUUUGAUCAGACCACCCGAGGGCCUCUUAGAACACUGGGAGCGUUGUUCAGUUCACACCUCCAUUCCAACAGGAAUAUGGAUCAGGAAUUUAUAAGUGCUUUCAACUCUUCACGUUUAGUUUUUGUCAAUGCCUUUGAUGAACUGACUGACAGAAGUCAGUUGAAUAAGUGUCUCUCUCUACUACUAUCUGACCGUUGAUUUAUGGUCCUCAAGACCUCCGUCUCGUGUCAGAUAAUACAUACAGCAACAGUUAGCCUACCCUUUAGUACCAUUGGAACAACAAAUCAUUCAAAAUGAUUUGAUUACUUGUUGCUUAUUGGAAAUGAACAAUGAAUAAUCAAAUUAAAUCUGCCACCACAAGCAAUUUCUCUGGUUUUGAGGGAUUUGCAUAUUAACAUUGUGUCUACUACAGCAGAUGAGGAUUGUGUCUUUCAGCCCCAGAGGUUGGUGGUGUCUUUGUGUUUGUUUGGUUACUACAAUAAUAAGAGGCCGGAUUUAUUCCAAACCAGCACACAUUUUCCAUGGGUCUAAGGCAACGGGGAAGACAUGAAGUGUACACCACCUGAGACUGUGUUCAAAGGUCUAAUGCAGCCAUUGUUAUCGCAAUAUCAAAUCAUUUCUAGAUAGCAAUGAAGCACUUUACUGGUAUUGUUUUCAAUUAAAAUGGUCAAAAA